AUGGACCCGUCCGCACUGCAAGCACAGGCGGUCACAGCAAUAACUCCCGUGGAAGUCCAGACGCUCUCCUUUCCAGAUGGAUCUCGUGGAACGUUUCCGACUCCUGGUCCCGAUUCUGUACCGAGUCCAGCCGAUAGCGGCCAUGCCUCUCCUAGUCGACAUGAGAGCAGCCUCAGCGGUGAGGCGGACGAGACCGCCAGUAUCAUGAGCUUUGCACCGACCAUGCGACCUGCCGGAGAUAUUGCCAGUCUGCUUGCCGGGGAGCUCCAUAAGAAAAGCCCAGCCUGGAACUUGCUUCGCUCCCAGUCAGCCACCGUCCAACCCUUUGAAAGGAGCAGGACAGGUGCUGACGAUAAGCUGAACGAGUUUCAUCAUGAAUUCGAUCCGAUCCAGGAGAAUGAUAAUGACGACUCCGGAGACGAAGAGAGAUUGCGCAUUUGGAAGUCGAAACUCAAACAUUACCUGAUCCUGUCGUCGGCCGGAAAGCCCAUCUGGAGUCGUCAUGGAGAUCUGAGCCUCAUCAAUUCUUCCAUGGGCGUGGUUCAAACAAUCAUUUCGUUUUACGAGGGCGCAAAGAACCCCCUGCAAGCCUUUUCCGCUGGAGAAACUCGUUUUGUCAUCUCGACCGAAGGACCCCUCUACUUUGUCGCCAUCAGCAAGCUGGGCGAAAGUGACGCACAGCUGCGGGCGCAGCUAGAAGCUCUCUACAUGCAGAUAUUGUCGACAUUGACACUGCCCAGGCUAACUCACAUCUUUGCCAACCGUCCAUCAACCGAUCUGCGGAAGCCACUGCAAGGGACCGAGUCUCUACUGUCGUCACUGGCUGAUACCUUUACAAAAGGCUCACCCUCUGCACUCCUCGGGUCAUUAGAGUGCCUUAAGCUUCGAAAAUCUCAGCGGCUUGCUAUAAAUAACACCUUUUUAAAGUUGCGGACCGAGAAGCUACUGUACGGCCUCAUCGUGGCUGGCGGGAAACUCGUCAGUGUCAUCCGGCCCCGUCGUCAUUCACUCCACCCCAGCGACCUUCAACUCAUCUUCAACAUGCUCUUUGAGAGUGAUGGGAUUAAGGGAGGGGGUGGAGAGAAUUGGAUUCCACUAUGCUUGCCCGCCUUUAACAACAAAGGUUAUCUCUACAUCUCCCCAGCUGCCGCACAAGGACGAUCAGCGGAUGAGGAAAUCGCCAUGAUUCUCAUCAGUGCCGAUCGCGAGAGCUUCUUCGAACUCAAGCAGAUGAGGGACAAUGUGGCCCAGCAACUUGCUAAGAAUGGAACUCUGGCUAUCAUUCAGAAUGCCACCCGCGCUGGCCGCCCAAAGAUACACGAAAUCACCCCUGGCAGCCAGGUCAGUCAUUUCUUGUACAAGUCACGGGCCAACGUCCAGUUUUGCAUGGCCUCAUUGGACCCCGGCUUCACCGAGCUAGUUGAGCGCAGGAGACUGAUGUCGGUGUAUCACGAACUACAUGCGUCAAUACACGCAAAGCACUCGCAUCUCAAAGUGUUACACUCUGUGGGGGAUGAUGCGACGUCCUUGGCCUGGAUAACCCCAGUCUUUGAAUUCUACUGCGUGGCCGGACCCAAUGUUUCGAGGGCCACAAUAACACAAGGGGCAAACAAGAUCAUUCAAUGGGCAAAGAGAGAACAAGAGCGCCUUUUCAUUAUUGGCGGCGGUGUAUUCUGA